UCACGUGACUACAAAACAAAUCACGUGAGGGACUCGGCAAAGAAAAUCCACGAGAAAAGCGCGGAGGAGAUUUGUUUCUUUGGUACAGGAUGCCCGUACCUGCAAGGCUCGGUGUGUUUCGUGUUUUGUGCCUCUUUGCUGUGUUUGAAGCGGUAUGUCUGCUGGACACCGGCAUGCUCUUCCCCCGGGAGUCUUCCUCCAGAGAGGUGAAGGAGCUGAACGGGCGGUGGGACUUCAGGGCAGACAAGUCCCCAAACAGGAACCAGGGCUUCGAGAAGGCAUGGUACAAAAGUCGCCUGGCAGAGACGGGCCCAGUGAUUGACAUGCCAGUUCCUGCCAGCUACAAUGACAUCACCCAGGACCCCACACUGAGAGAUUUCAUUGGCUGGGUGUGGUAUGAGCGAGAGGUGGUGGUGCCUGCCCGCUGGAUCGCCGAUGAAGGAACAAGAGUGGUUCUCAGAGUGGGAAGUGCUCACUAUUAUUCAGUAGUGUGGGUGAAUGGAGUGAAAGUGACAGAGCAUAACGGUGGCCAUCUUCCUUUUGAGGCUGAGAUAGGCAGUUUAAUCCGCAAGGACCCAACUCAGCCAUGCAGGAUCACUAUCGCUGUCAACAACACUCUGACUCUGGACACUCUUCCUCCAGGAAAUAUCCAGCACAUGGACGACCACACCAAGUAUCCUGAUGGUUUUUUUGUGCAAAACAUCUACUUUGAUUUCUUCAACUAUGCUGGCAUACAUCGUUCUGUGUUGCUGUAUACUACUCCUAAGGCUUAUGUGGAUGACAUCACUGUGGUGACUGACUUCUUGGAUAACACUGGUCUAGUCUACUACAAGGUGUCAGUCCAAGGUGCUGCCACAGCCACCCUGAAGGCCACUUUGAUGGACAAAAAUGGCCGCUGUGUGGCUUCCUCCAGCGAGCCAUCUGGAGUGCUCAAAGUAGUAGAUGUCAAUCUGUGGUGGCCGUACUUGAUGCAUGAGAAUCCAGCUUACCUUUACUCUAUGGAGGUUCGCUUAAUGGCAACCGAUAGCAGAUCUACGUAUGAGGAUGUGUAUACUCUACCAGUUGGCAUCCGCACAGUCAACGUCACCAGCACACAGUUCCUAAUCAACAACAAGCCCUUCUAUUUCCAUGGAGUCAAUAAACAUGAGGACUCUGAUAUUCGAGGUAAAGGCUUCGAUUGGCCCCUGAUUGUCAAGGACUUUAACCUAUUGAAGUGGUUGGGGGCCAACUCAUUCCGCACCAGCCACUACCCCUAUGCUGAGGAGAUCCUGCAGAUGUGUGACCGCCAUGGCAUCGUGGUGAUAGAUGAGUGCCCGGGGGUGGGCAUCAAAGAUAGUCGCAGUUUUGGAAACUCCUCCCUGACCCAUCACCUAGCUGUCAUGGACGAGCUUGUACGUCGGGACAAGAACCAUGCCUCUGUGGUCAUGUGGUCAGUAGCCAAUGAGCCGGCUGCAGAGAUGCCCCCUGCUGACUUCUAUUUCAAGACCUUGAUAAAACAUACCAAAGCUCUGGAUCCAAGCCGACCUGUCACUUUCAUUACAGACAGUAACUAUGCUAGGGACAGAGGGGCUCCCUAUGUGGAUGUAAUCUGUGUAAACAGUUACUUCUCCUGGUACCAUGAUCCAGGCCACCUGGAGGUCAUCCCCAUCCAGCUCAAAACUCAGUUUGAGAACUGGUAUGGAAAGUACCAGAAACCCAUCAUCCAGAGUGAAUAUGGAGCAGAUGCAGUGGCAGGGUUUCACAGUGAUCCACCCGUGAUGUUUUCUGAGGAGUACCAGAAGGCAGUCCUGCAGAGCUACCACAACGUGUUGGACCAGAAGAGGAAGCAGUAUGUCAUUGGUGAACUCAUCUGGAACUUUGCCGACUUCAUGACUGUACAAGGGAUCACACGAGUGGUGGGGAACAAGAAGGGUAUUUUCACCAGGGAAAGGCAGCCCAAAGCAGCCGCAUUCAUCCUGAAAGAGAGGUACUGGAGACUGGCAAAUGAAACGGGCAGACUACCUGUUUGGACCAAGUACCCCUGCUCAUUCUGACACCCGCCGGUUGGUGCAUGCAUUCCAGGACAGGCUCGACUCCAAGUAAACACUUUGCCUCAUGGGAAAAAAAUGCUGGUAACAUUCUGUCAGUUUCUAGGGGCAGUCGAGCGUACCUAGAAAUUUUUUUCCAGCAAAUAAUUUUUUUGGAUGCUGACAAAAAAUUGCUUCUAAGUGCCUCAUCAAUGGUGCAAAUUACAUUUUAUAAUAAUUGUGAGAAUAGUAUUAGGAUCAGAAGAAUGAAGGGGUACCACUUUAUUUAGUUGUUACAGGAUAUUCUGAUACACGUGUGUGAGGCAGUGCUUUCCACUGCUAUCCAUUGACUGUAAAAUUAACAGUCAAUAUUAAGUCUAUGCUGCUAUCAUAAAAAGGUCAACAACCAAUCAAAAUCCUUCAUCAGUGCCUAGCUCUGACCUUUACUGCAGUCCGGUGAUAGGAGUCCACCUGGCAGAUAAAGCACAUCACAUUACAUUACAAAGACACUGUAAAGGAAAGGGGUUACCACAUCAUCUCCUCUAUUUUCUUUUCCUCCAUGUGUUUGGGGACACAUUUUCUCAAAUAAAUGCAACAAAAUAGUGUUUUA